AUGAGGUGCUUCGUUGUGUUAUUUUUAUCUGUGAGCCUCGCCUUCGAGACGGCGGCGGAGGCGUAUGUCAGGACAUGUGAACCCAUUAAAGUGGCUAUGUGUAAGAACAUUGGAUAUAACCAGACUGGAAUGCCGAAUUUGGCUCGGCAUACCCUACAAGCUGAUGCCGAUGUGACUCUUCAGACAUUCAGCCCGUUAGUUCAGUACGGAUGUUCAUCACAGUUGCAUUUGUUUUUAUGUGCGGUUUACGUUCCAAUGUGUACGGAUAAAGUCGCUUUACCGAUCGGGCCGUGCCGGGGUCUAUGCGAGAGUGUUUACACAAGGUGUUAUCCAGUAUUACGGGGUUUCGGUUUCCCCUGGCCGGCUGAGUUAGAUUGUUCUCUAUUCCCGGCUGAAAAUAAUCACGAGCACAUGUGCAUGGAAGGUCCAGGGGAACGAGCUCCUCCCAUUGGAAAUAUUCCUUUGGAUGCAACAAAUGCUGGUAGAGGCGCAUGUCGAAGACUUUUGAAACCAAAUAACUGGGUGUAUGUUCGAGGUUCUGGACGUUGUGCACAGUUCUGUGAUGCAGAAGUUUUGUGGGAGGCAGGAGAGAGGAAAGCUGCUGAAGUGUGGCUCGCGACUUGGGCGGCACUUAGCUUCGCCUGUACACUAGCAGCAGUUGGAGCUCAAUUGGCGUGUGGAGAUCGUGGUGGUGCUGGAGAAAGAGCCCUUGUCUUAGUAGCUCUAUGCCGUUGUGCUGCUGCCGCUGGUUGGGGGGUUCGUGCUGCAGCCGGGAGAACUGCCGCUGGUUGUGCCAAGGAUUCUACAUCACCCACUCGAAUGCUGCUAGCCCACGACGGACUGGCAAAUCCUAAUUGCGCUGUCGUGUUUCUAUUGCUGUAUUAUUUCGGCUUAGCAGCAUCUGUUUGGUGGGUAGUAGCGGCGGGGGCUUGGCGUGCGAGUGUAUUACGUCCACCAACGACCCCAGCCUCUAGGAAUGAUCGUCAUUCUUCGUUACUUCAACUAGCAGCAUGGGGUGUUCCCGCGGCGUUAGCUGCAGCAGUACUUGUUACUAGAGAUGUCGAUGCUGAUGAACUAACAGGUACUUGCUUUGUCGGGAACCAGUCUAGUAAAUCGUUAUUGGCGCUGGUGAUCAUCCCAGAAGCGAUAUGCUUGUUGUUAGGCAGCGUUUUUCUUGCUUCUGGACUGCGAUCGGUUCUUCGUCGUCCGGUUCCUAUUCCGGGUCCAACAUCAUUACUGAAUACUCCCGCGCCAGCCCAUCAAGAUCAGAGUUUGUUAAGACUAGGAGCAUUCGCCGCACUAUAUGCUGUACCAUCAGCAUGUAUCUUAACGACAUGGAUAUAUGAAUAUAUUUUGAGAGAGGAUUGGUUGUCAGCGCCAGUACCUUCAAGCGAACCAUCAACGCAGCCGCGACCAUCUCUAUGGGUGUUCCUAUUCAGAAUAUUCGCAACCCAAGUGCUUGGAGUAAUGGUUGCUAUAUGGAUAGCGACGCCGCGCUUAAAGGCUUUAUGGAGAAGGAUCUCUGGUCCGAGAAAACCAGCCUUAUCCAAAUGUCCUGCUCCCGCCCCCGCCCCGCUAACACUGCAAUGCUACUCCACACAUUCUCAUUCUUUGACCCGACAUCCUCAAAAGUACGCUACAUACAGACCUCCACAACAACAAUCCUAUAGAAAGCCGCGGCAUUAUCACUACUCGGCCGGUGAAACUAUUCUAUGA